AUGCCAGAAGAAGGAUUCUACAGUUUUUCAAGCCAAUCGUCACGAGAAUUGACAGAAGAGGACAACGAGAAACUUUCCAAGCAGACAGUUAUCAGCGAUUUCAAAAAGAACAAGCUGGAAAUCGAGGCGAGGAAAAAUUGGGACAAAUUCUAUAAUCGAAAUAAAAACAAUUUCUUCAAAGAUCGAAAUUGGAGUGCGGAGGAUCUGAAAAUCAUUUGUCCGGAUAUAGAUUUCGAGAAAGAACUCCUAUAUCUCGAGGCAGGUUGUGGUGUCGGAAACAUGCUUUUUCCACUGGUCGCCGAGAUUCCAAAACUGAAAUUAUUCGCGUUCGAUUUCUCAGCCAACGCUGUGAGAAUGUUGGAAGAACGAGCAAAAGAGCUGGAGCUCCCGGUGGCAACCGCAGUCGUUGAUUUGUCAAUUCCUUCGAACUCAUCGCCAUUUGACGAGCAAGUCGAUCUAGCCACGUUGAUUUUCGUUAUGUCAGCUAUUCAUCCGGACAAAAUGAAGAUUGCGGCGGAGAAUAUGAGGAAUUUAGUGAAGAUCGGCGGCUCAGUCGUUGUACGUGACUACGGAAUCAACGAUCACGCGAUGAUUCGAUUCGGGCGAGAAGCACGAAUCGCUGAUAGAUUCUACGUUAGACAAGAUGGCACGCGAGCCUAUUACUUUGAUUUGGACGAACUUUGCGGAUUUUUCGAGGCUUCUGGAUUCAAAUGCGAACGGAAGGAGUACCUCCAUCGAAUUACUAUCAAUCAUCAGAAGAAUUUAAAGGCGCCCCGGAUUUUUGUGCAAGCUCGAUUUGUUAGAAUUGAUUGA